AUGGCAAUCGUGCUGCCGAGCGUUUUGAGUUUGAAUUUUAACUCUGUUCUCGAAGAAAGUCUUGGAAUUGGAGCGGCUUGGAAUGUCGCGUGUAUUGCGCACUGAACAAGUCAGAGUGAUUUCUACACUGAAAUAAGGAGAAGAUUUGCUCACAGUGCCGCCUACUGGAUUUGGAAAAAGCCUGAUUUUUCAGCUCCUUGUUUGAGUGGUUGAAUGUUUAACUCGUGUGUUUUGGUCGUUUGUCCCCUAAAAGUAUAAUUUAGGACCAGUUGGCCGAAGCCACUUCGCUAGGUUUGAAAGCAGUCGCUCUUGAAAACUGCCGCUUGGAUGACAUCUCAAGCGGAAAAUGCCAGAUCAUUUGCGGUUCCCCCGUAAAAGCUCUUCCUUGCUUGACCAAAGAAGACCGAUUCACCCUUUAACCAGCAUCUUUGUGCGAUUGUGGUUGACGCAUCCCACACUGUGGAGACUUGGACCAGUCAAAGGUUUGUAUAUUUUUGUUCUUGUUCUUUCAAGCGACAUGUUUAGAUGCGUUUUCUUGUGACAAGGGUUAGCUCACAUUGAAUCGGUCGACCUUCCUUCUCUCGUUUCAACUCAGGUCUUCAAGAAACGGAAAAACAGAUGCCUUCCAUGCAUCAUUCGGAGAACUUGGGAUGCUAAGUUCUUCUUGUAAAACAAGUAAGCAUAAGCUUUUUGGUAUCAGAAGUAUAUACGGUAAUUUUUUGGCAUGGUACACUUAACUUGGUGUGCAUACUGGUUUCAUAGCUUGCGUCAGGAAAUAUUUUUUUGAAUUGUGAGAACUGCCACCCAAAUAAGUGAAACAUAAAAAUAACCGCAAAAAACAAAGCAGAUUGAAACGGAUUGCGAUUUUGGUGAAUGUAACAGUUUUUGGAUUUUGUAACGUUUUCUAUAAUGCUUGGGAGAUUUGGUUUGACACAAAGCCGUGGUUUUGACCUGUACACGUUUUUUUUUUCAAGUUUCAUAGCGAAUUAGGAUGCUUAACUGGCAUUACAAAUGAAUUCCCCCAGUCGUGUCUUCUACCUCUGAAGAGUCGAUAACCUCGAUAGCCCAAAAAAAUUAUAAAAUUUUAUUAUUGGGCACAACUUCUAGUAAGCAAUAUCUGAAAUAAUUGCCUUCCCUCCAAUAAUCACCCCUUUUGGUGCGAAAAAAAACAACAAUCACCCCCAGCUAUUAUUCGAGGAAAUACGCUACAUUUGCUUUAAUUAAACCAAGUGACUUUUUUUGGAAAGUAAACGCAGCACUGCAACAAAAUGUCUUGAUCAUCUGACUUUAAACCAUAUAACUUACAAUAAGCUUAUACAUUGUAACACUUCUCUUUCAAGGUACUCCUGUUGGUGCAUUAACGGGAACAGCAGACCCAACAACUCGCGAAACAAUAAAAAAAGUCCUGAAUCUGUCAGAAAAUGCAGAAGCUAUUUAUGUGAGUCCAAACCGGUUAAAUUUACGGUUUUCAGUCCAAAAAUUGAAAAAAGAGCAACAGUUAAGAAAACUCGACGGGCUUGUUGACCUUGUCAAAAAGGAGGAGAUCAUCACCCCAAAGACAAUUGUGUUCUGUAAUGCAAUGGACGAGAUUGCCGUCAUUCUGAACCAUCUUAUGUCUCAGCUGGGGAAGAAAGUAUUUUUUCCUAACUGUUCGCCUGUAAAGGACAACUGCUUAAUAGGAAUUUAUCACUCUAAUUCCUGGCAAAGUAGCAAAGACAGAGUGAUGGAACAGUUCAAGUCUUGUAGUGUAAAACGUGUGAUUAUUGCUACCACAGCACUCUGCAUGGGUGUCAACUUCCCAGACGUUUGA